AGCAGGGAAUCGGGUGGUGGGUGGGGUGGGUGAACGUAGCUGUGCUGUGAGGUUAAGGAAUGAUCCAGAAGGCACUGCGAGAGUGAUUACGCGACGGUGCCACCAAAACAAAAAACAAAAACAAAAAAAAAUCUAUGCCGAUUGAACGAACAACCAUGUCGGAGAAGUUCCUGACCGUGCCGCCAUUUGAGUGCGCAUGGAGAGAGGAUUUGAAAUUCCGGGAAGCUGGUAGAGGUUGUGUGGCCUUCGAAGCAUUCGCCUGCAACGAUGUUACACUGGUUUUCCGUGAGAAUGUGGGAAGCCAGGGUUACCAUUAUAAAAGAGAUAGCAGUCCUCACUACACAAUCAUAUUGGGGAGUCACAGGAAUCGAAGACUCAGAAUUGAGGUCAAUGGAAAAACUGUUGUCGACGUGGCAGGGGUUGGUCUUUGCUGCUCUUCCUCCUUUCAGAGUUAUUGGAUCAGCAUCUACGAUGGCUUGAUUAGCAUAGGCAAUGGGAAGUACCCUUUUCAGGAUGUUGUUUUCCAGUGGUUGGAUUCUUAUCCCAAUUGCAAUGUUCAGUAUAUUGGCCUCAGCAGCUGGGAUAAACAUGUUAAGUAUAGAAAUGUUAAUGUUUUGUCCAUGACCCACACUCAUGUGCCCCUCUGGAAGCAUGUUGUUUUCGGUGAUUAUCAAGUUGAGGAUGAAAUUGAUGCAGCAGACUGUUACGAUUACAAGCAUAUGGAUUAUGAUAAAUGGGGGCUCAAAAAUUUCCUCGAGAGUUGGGACUUGUCUGAUGUGUUGUUCAUUGUUGGAGAAGAUGAAAAGCCCGUUCCUGCCCACAAGGCGAUUUUAGCUGCAUCUGGGAACUUUUCUCUGUGCUCUUCCUCCUUUGUCAUCAAAGUACCCACAGUGUCUUAUCCACUUUUCCAUGCACUGCUUCACUAUAUCUACACUGGCUGGACCCAGAUUCCUCCGGAACAACUUGGUUCUUUGAGGGCUUUAAGUCUGCAGUUUGAAGUGAUGCCACUGGUGAAGCAGUGUGAAGAGACUAUGGAGCGGUUUAAGCUAGAUAAGAAGUUGUUGAUGGGUGAGAAUGUGGAGUUAACAUAUCCUUCUAUCCGCCCUCAUUGUUCAACUUUGCCCUCACUUCCUGUCAGCAUUCAGCAACUGAGACAAUUGAAAUUAACAAGCCAGUACGGUGAUGUAAACAUCUACAUCGAAAGUUAUGGUCUCAUUGCACGAGCACAUAAAAUUGUUCUCAGCUUAUGGAGUAUCCCCUUUGCUCGGAUGUUCACAAAUGGAAUGAGUGAAAGCAUGUCCUCGGAGGUUACUUUAAGGGAUGUGCCACCAGAAGCAUUCAUGGCUAUGCUUGACUUUUUAUAUGAUGGGCAAUUGAAUGACAAAGUUUUAGAUUCUGGUGCCUUGUUGCUCCAACUCCUUUUAUUAGCCGAUCAAUUUGGAGUGACUUUUCUUCAACAAGAAUGCUGCAAAAUGCUUUUAGAAUGUCUCUCAGAGGACUCAGUAUGUCCACUCCUCCAAGUGGUUUCUUCAAUCCCAUCAUGUAGACUUGUUAAAGAAACACUGCAGAGGAGAAUUUCCAUGAACUUCGACUAUUAUAUCAGUGCAAGUACUGACUUUGUUUUGUUAGACGAGACGACCUUCAUCAAUAUCAUUAAGCAUCCAGAUCUGACAGUAACAUCUGAAGAGAAAGUUCUUAAUGCAAUAUUAAUGUUUGGCAUAAAGGCAAAAGAGUUGUUUGGGUGGGAAGUGGUGGAUCAAUUAAUAGUAAAUUCAAAACCUGAAAUCCUUUUUGGAGAGAGGCUUCAGUUAAUGUAUGACCUGUUGCCAUUUGUGCGAUUUCCACUUCUACAAUAUUCCUUACUUGAGAAGUUGCAGAAUAGUAACAUUGCCUGGCAUAUUCCUGUUUUCCAAAAUCUAGUUAAUGAGGCUAUCAAUUUUGUUAAAUGUGGGCUGGCAGGGACAGAAAAUGAAGAGAACUUUCAUUGUAGUGUUAGAUUCCAACAUAGACGGUCCAGUUACAGGGAACUCCAGUACAUUUGUGAUGGGGAUGACCAUGGAGUUCUGUACUUUGCCGGCACAUCUUAUGGUGAACACCCGUGGGUUAAUCCUCUUUUGGCAGAGCCUAGGAAAAUUACAAUCACAGCCAGCAGCCCCCAUUCAAGAUACACUGAUCCCAAGGUUUUGGUCUCAAGAACCUACCAGGGAACAUGUUUUGCUGGGCCUCGAUUGGAAAAUGGACAGAACUGUACCUGGUGGAUGGUUGAUCUUGGCCAAGAUCAUCAGCUUAUGUGCAACUACUAUACCCUGAGGCAGGACGGUUCUAAGGCAUUCCCAAGAUAUUGGAAUAUUCAGGGCUCACUGGACGGGAAGAACUGGACGAACUUGAGAGUCCAUGAAAAUGAACGGACUGUAUGCAAACCUGGUCAGUUUGCCUCUUGGCCCAUAAUGGGCCCCAACGCUCUGCUUCCCUUCAGGUACUUUCGGGUUGUUCUCACGGGACCCACCACCGAUGCCACCAAUCCCUGGAAUCUCUGCAUUUGUUAUUUGGAACUGUAUGGCUUCUUCCUCUAAAUGCUUUUGGUUUGGUACCAUGAAGCAUGCCAAUACCAUACUUUCCUGUAAUACAAUUUCAGCUCCUCAUGUGCAUUAUGGUUUGCUUGUUGACUAAAAUAUUUUAAUUGGGUCAUGUAUAAGAGAAUUGCUGUGUAUAAGAGAAAUGAAGUUCCAAAAUUUAACAGUUAAUUGUUUUUUA